AUGAACAGGGACCAGCUACAAAAGUUUAUCCAAUAUUUAAUCACAGCACACCACACUGAAGUUCUUCCUACUGCACAGAAACUGGCAGAUGAGAUUCUGUCCUCCAACUCAGAAAUCAACCAAGUGAAUGGUGCCCCUGACCCCACAGCUGGGGCUAGCAUUGAUGAUGAGAACUGUUGGCAUUUGGAUGAAGAACAGGUGAAAGAACAAGUGAAGCUCUUUCUCUCGCAGGGGGGUUACUAUGGCUCUGCAAAGCAACUCAACUCAAUGUUUGCCAAGGUUCGAGAGAUGCUGCGGAUGAGAGAUUCCAAUGGAGCCAGGAUGCUGACACUUAUAACUGAGCAGUUUGUGGCCGACCCACGACUUACACUCUGGAGGCAGCAAGGAACAAGCAUGACAGACAAGUGCAGACAGCUCUGGGAUGAACUAGGGGCUUUAUGGGUGUGCAUAAUUUUAAAUCCACACUGCAAACUGGAGGAAAAAUCCUGUUGGCUGCAGCAACUGCAAAAAUGGAGUGACCUGGAUAUCUGUCCCCUAGAGGAUGGGAACUAUGGGCAUGAGCUGCCCAACAUCACCAAUGCACUUCCCCAGAAUGCCAAUCAGAGCCCAGAUUCCUUAUCCAGACCAAGACGAACAGUGUUCACCAGAGCCGUUGAGGGCCGUGAAUUACAUUGGCAGGACAGCCACCUACAGCGAAUAAUCAGAAGUGAUUUAUAUAUAGCUCCUGCCUGCCAGCGAGAAAGCGAGAGACUGCUCUUUAAUUCCCAAGGCCAGCCACUGUGGCUUGAGCACGUACCCACAGCCUGUGCUCGGGUUGAUGCCCUGCGUUCCCACGGCUAUCCAAAAGAGGCCCUCAGGCUCACGGUGGCCGUUAUUAAUACUCUGAGGUUGCAGCAGCAGCGGCAGCUGGAAAUCUACAAGCAUCAGAAGAAAGAACUGUUGCAGAGAGGAACCACAACCAUCACAAACCUGGAGGGCUGGGUAGGCCACCCCCUGGAUCCCAUUGGCUGCCUAUUUCUCACUUUGACUGAGGCCUGCCGCCUGAACAAUGAUGGCUAUCUGGAAGUGUCAGAUAUGAAUGAAAGCAGACCCCCCAUGUACCAGCAUGUACCUGUGGCUGCAGGCUUCCCAAACAGCAGUGAGUCCUACCUGUCUUUGGCCCUAGAAGUUGCUCUGAUGGGCAUGGGUCAACAGAGGGUGAUGCCCGAAGGCCUCUAUGCACAGGACAAGGUGUGCCGUAAUGAGGAGCAGCUCCUGAACCAACUCCAGGAGCUUCAGCUGGAUGAUGAGCUAGUACAAACACUGAAGAAACAAUGCAUCUUACUGCUGGAAGGAGGCCCCUUCAGUGGUCUGGGAGAAGUCAUUCACCGAGAAAGUGUUCCCAUGCAUACAUUUGCCAAGUAUUUGUUUUCAGCUCUGCUACCUCAUGAUCCAGACCUGUCCUAUAAAUUAGCCUUACGUGCCAUGAGGUUACCUGUUCUAGAAAACUCAGCUACUGCAGGCGACACCUCCCACCCUCACCAUAUGGUGUCUGUGGUGCCCAGCCGUUAUCCUCGCUGGUUUACGCUUGGACACUUGGAAUCACAGCAGUGUGAACUGGCCUCCACCAUGCUGACUGCUGCCAAAGGGGACACUCUGAGGCUCCGAACAAUUCUGGAAACAAUACAGAAGCACAUCCAUUCUUCCUCCCUCAUCUUCAAACUGGCCCAAGAUGCAUUCAAGAUCGCUACUCCCACAGACAGUAGUACGGACAGCACCCUGCUCAACGUGGCCCUGGAGUUGGGGUUACAGGUGAUGCGUAUGACCUUAUCGACCCUUAACUGGCGACGCCGGGAGAUGGUGCGAUGGUUGGUGACCUGUGCUACAGAAGUGGGUGUGCGGGCCCUGGUGAGCAUCUUGCAGAGCUGGUACACACUCUUCACUCCCACCGAGGCUACGAGUAUUGUAGCUGCCACAGCCGUAUCCCACACCACUAUCCUGCGCCUCAGUCUUGACUAUCCACAGCGGGAGGAACUGGCCAGCUGUGCUCGCACACUAGCACUGCAGUGUGCUAUGAAGGAUCCGCAGAGCUGUGCCCUGUCAGCCCUUACACUCUGUGAGAAGGAUCACAUCGCCUUUGAGGCUGCCUACCAGAUUGCCAUUGAUGCUGCCGCUGGUGGCAUGACCCAUUCACAGCUGUUCACCAUCGCCCGCUACAUGGAGCUCCGUGGCUACCCGCUACGUGCCUUCAAGCUGGCCUCACUGGCCAUGAGCCAUCUUAACCUAGCCUACAACCAGGACACCCAUCCAGCCAUCAAUGAUGUGCUUUGGGCCUGUGCCCUCAGCCACUCUCUGGGCAAGAAUGAGCUGGCGGCGCUCAUCCCCCUGGUGGUGAAGAGUGUGCACUGUGCCACGGUGCUUUCAGACAUCCUGCGGCGCUGCACAGUGACUGCACCUGGCCUGGCUGGCAUCCCAGGCCGCCGCAGCUCUGGAAAGCUUAUGUCCACUGACAAAGCGCCACUGCGCCAGCUACUGGAUGCCACCAUCAAUGCCUAUAUCAACACUACUCACUCACGCCUGACACACAUCAGCCCCCGCCACUAUGGAGAGUUCAUUGAGUUUCUGAGCAAGGCUCGGGAGACCUUCCUGCUGCCCCAGGAUGGCCACCUGCAAUUUGCCCAGUUCAUCGACAACCUCAAACAAAUUUACAAAGGCAAGAAGAAGCUGAUGCUGCUGGUGCGAGAGCACUUCGGCUGAGAAAGCAGACAGCUCACCACCAGGGCAGCCUGGGCUCUCAGGUACCAUCAGGUCAUGCCAGGGACACUGAAACAUUUGAAUACUCUUAGAGGACUCUGAGCACCUGUGGCUGAAGCCAAAGGACCACAGGGCUAAGGAUAGGGAGAGUCCAACUCUAGCCAACAUGCCUGCCUUGGCAAGCUUCUCACUAUAGCCCAUUGUUCCUGGAGGAGCUGGGCACUGCAGAUUAAUCAGAAACCCCACAACAUGCCACCUCAUGCCCCUUUAUCUUGCGUGUUCUGGGCAUUGGCUCCCUUGGCAAACACAGAAUACUGUUCCUUCUCAGGGAUUGUUUAACCAGAGAAACAGAAGCAUUUAUGGUACUGUAAAUAGUAUAUGUGUUGCCAAUUAUUGUAAAGUUGUAACUAUUUAUAAUUCUGGUUCUGAUUUGAUGGGCACUUGAAGUAGCCGUGAGUGGGAGGAUGGGCUUGUUUUCUGAGGAGACUCACAACCAUUUCUCAGGUUUCCCUUGCAGAGUGUAUGCUGUUGGCAGUGGAAGAGUGCGGGUGGCAGGGAGAAAAAUCGCCAGUUAGAGUAAAUCCCAGGUCUAGUCUAUGCAGAAACCCCAGCCUGCAGACAGGGCCUCUAUAGCCUAGUGGUAGGUGAGGGGCAGAGGCCAGGCCUCAUGAAGUUGUGAGGACACUGACACUCCUGCUCCUGCCUCACACAGCCUCUCCAGGAGGCCUGCUGAGCACCUGAGGAACAAGUGCAGGGAGAAGAUGAAGCUCUGGGAAGCCACUGAGCUCAUAAUCAUCAUCUGCUCUGGUCACCUUUGUGUUAGAGAGUGUCUGGUUUCAUUUCUAAUUAUGUAUGUGUGUGUAGAUCUGUAUGACUAUAUGUGUCUAAGUGUAUAGAUAUAUCUGUGCAUUCCUGUUGGUAUGUGCACAUAUAUUUAUGUGUAUCUGUGUCAGUUGUGUACAUGUGGGAAUACAUGUGUGUGCUGGACUGUAGGUUUCUAUGUGAGGGUAUAUACAUUUGCGUAUAUGUGAGAAUGCAUAUCUAUGUGUAAGUGCA